AUGGAGCCUUCUCUUCCCACCCCGUGGGUACGGAAUCCUGCCAGGAUCAGAAGACUGCUUCAGACCUCCCAAAGUUCGAUGCUUCUCAAUUCUAGCCUAGACACCAAGCCCAGAGAUGUGGCCUCUGAGUCUGUGGGUCUCUUCUUCAUGCUUUUGAUUGAUCUGACAGCCAUCGUGGGCAAUGUAGCAAUUAUGACGGUCAUUAUCAAAACCCCAGCACUGAGGAAGUUUGUCUUUGUGUUCCACCUCUGCUUGGUGGAUCUUUUGGCUGCUAUUACCCUAAUGCCUCUAGCCAUGCUGUCCAGCUCAACUUUCUUUGAGGGCACAGUCUUUGAGGAUGCCAUAUGUCAUACCUAUCUCUUCCUGAGUGUUUGCUUCAUUACCAUGUGUAUCCUUUCCAUCUCAGCUAUUAAUGUAGAGCGCUACUACUAUGUGGUGCACCCCAUGCGCUAUGAGGUCAAAAUGACUGUAAGCCUGGUGGUCUGUGUCCUGGUUGGUGUCUGGAUCAAGGCAGUAGUUAUGUCCAUCAUCCCCAUCCUGGGAUGGCUUUCCCAAGACCAUGUCAAUAGAUCCCUAGCCUACAAUGGACAGACCUGCUCCUUGCAGUGGAGCCGAAGUGCCUACUGCAAGUUUUUUGUGAUUUUCUUUGCUGUUUUCUACUUCCUCCUGCCAGUUUCCAUUAUUUUGGUGGUCUACUGUAAUAUGUUUAAAGUGGCCAGAGUAGCUGCCAUGCACCAUGGUCCACUCCCCACUUGGAUGGAUACCCCACGGCAAAGAUCAGAAUCUCUUAGUAGUAGGUCCACAAUGGUGACUAGCUCAGGAGCCCCUCGAACUACCCCUCAGAGGACGUUUGGGGGCGGGAAGGCUGUCAUCAUCCUCCUAGCAGUGGGGGGACAAUUUCUCUUCUGCUGGUUGCCCUAUUUCUCCUUCCAUCUCUACUCGGUGCUGAGCUCCCAUUUCCCUGGCCAGCAGACGGAGAACGUGGUCACUUGGAUGGGUUAUUUUUGCUUCACCUCCAACCCGUUCUUCUACGGAUGCCUCAACCGACAGAUCAGAGGAGAGCUCAGCAAGCAUCUCACCUGCUUCUUCAAGCAACCACCAGAGGAGGAUCUCAGGUUACCUAGCAGAGAAGGCUCCAUUGAGGAGAACUUUCUGCAGUUCCUCCAAGGGACAGGCUGCCACGCUGAGACCAGAAAUGCUCUUACCCAGCCCAGCCCCAAAAGGGACCAAGCUCCCAUUGAUUUCCGGAUCCCAGGACAAAUUGCAGAAGAGACCUCAGAGUUCCUGGAGCAGCACAUGAACAGCGAUAUCACUGCCUCCGAUAACUACAUCAGAGCAGCCCGUUCACCAAAGCCUGAGCUGUAG